AUGUCUUCGGUAUCAUACGUGAAUAUAUUGCAAGAGUAUUACGCUAGUAAACAAGCAUCAUUGCCCCGCUAUGAAAGUUUUGAAGUUGGAACUAUUUAUGCACCAAGUUUUAUGUGCAAAGUUUCAUGUGGUGAAAAUAUUUAUGCAGACGCUGUAGCAAGCACAAAAAAAGAAGCCAAACAAAGAGCAGCGGAAAAGGCCUUACAUAUUUUGGAAAUGUCCGAACCUGUCAUAAAACUUACACAACUACAAGCAGUAGGACCAAAUGCAAAUGAUAAUUAUAUUGGCAAAUUAAAUGAAUAUGCUUCCAAACAAAGACAACUUCAACCAGUUUAUUCUGAUGGGGCUUUGUGGGAUGGCAAAUUUACAACAUUUUGCAAGUUUAUGGAUAAAACUACGAAGGGGUAUGGUUCGACUAAGAAGGUUUCAAAACAACAUUCUGCUCAGCUCAUGUAUGAACAAGUUGUUAAUAUAAUCGAUAUACCGAUUAAAAAAGUUAUAUUAAAUGAAAAUGAAAACACGGAAAUAAUAAGGGCAUUUAAAAAAUUAACAUUUCACGAACGGGAAAACCCAAAAUUUACUGAGGAUAUUUUAAUUCCGGAACUAAUACCACUUACCAACAGUUCUAAUGAAAACAUGACAAACUCUGAGUUGCAAAGGGAAUUGUCAAAACGAGGUUUUAAAUUUGAUAUUACCUGUUAUCAGCCUAACCCAAAAGUUUAUAAAUUGCAAGGAAGCAAUGGUUUAACAUUAUUCAGUGCACAAGAUACAAAAGAAAAAGCGACCAAUGAUUUGUUAACAAUGUCACUAAAGAUGAUCAAAAUUGGAUAUGGGAAUGAUUUAAUAACUUUUUAG